AUGGCGACAGAGUCAAAUGCCAAGGUUGUAACUGGUCUUAGUAAGAAUGACCAGCCUUAUGACUCUGAGGUGCUUCUUAGAAUGGACGAUGAAGACAACAAUGCUAUACCUCCUUAUCCUGUGUUCAUACCUCCUACAAACCCAAAACAUAUGACUUUUAAGAACAUGAGAUGCACUAGUAAAUGGUUGGGGAAGACACUGGUGGGCGAGUUGAGUGACCACCUAAACAUGACAAGUUCCACAAUUGUAAAAGGAGCUCAGGAGAAAUAUUUUGUGCACAUUUCAAGGAGCAAAGUACAUAGGGCAAAGUUUUGUGCACAAGACAUGAUUAAUGGCAACCAAGCAGCACAUUUUACCAACAUUCGCGAAUAUUGUGCUGAGUUGUUGAGGACAAAUAGAGGUAGUUCAGUCCUAUUGAAUGUGGUUACGGCUAACUUACCUAUUGAGGAGAUUGAGAGGCCUUUUAUUGGUGUGGAUGCAUGCCAUUUGAAGGGACACUAUGGUGGCCAACUCAUGACUGCUGUGGCUACAGACUCUAACAAUCAAUUGUUCCCUUUAGCAUUUGCUGUUGUAGAAGCUAAGACGAAGGACUCGUGGACUUGGUUUAUAUUAAAGCUUAUAAGUGAUGUAAAUGCUAGUUCACAGCGUAGAUUGACAUUCAUCUUUGAUCAACAAAAGGGUUUAAUGCCCACAUUUGAGGAGUUGAUGCCUGGGGUGGACCAUAGACUAUGUGUUAGGCAUUUGUACAACAACUUUAAGAAGAAAUAUCCUGGCUUGAUCUUAAGGGAUAUUUUUUGGAGGAUAGCUACUGCAACUUAUUAUAAGCAGUGGGAUAAGGCAAUGAAAGAGUUGAAAUCAGUUAGCAUGCAAGCAUCAGGUAGCAAUAGGAUGUUAGUGAUCUAA